AUGGGAAAGACCAAGGAACCCAAGACUGGAAGCAAAUCCAAGUCUGAGGUCAAAUCUCUCUCAGCUGUCAAAAACGCGUCGGUGACUAAACCUUCUCAGACUCCCAAUGCCAAGUCCAAGGCGAUCGCCAAGGAGACUGCCUCCAAGGUCAGCGCGAAGAGCAAGCCUGUCAAGAAGGCCCCUACUCCUUCAUCCGACUCGGAAUCCAGCGAGAGCGAAUCUGGAUCCGACUCUUCAUCUGAGACCGAGGUUAAGGUUACAAAGCCUGCCAACGGAAAGGCCGAUGCAAAGGCCAAUGGCAAGACCAACGGCGCCGCCAAGAAAGAGGUAGAUACCUCUGAAUCCUCGAGCGAAAGCUCGUCCUCCAGCGAGAGCGAAAGCGAAAGCGAGAGCGAGAGUGACAGUGAUGAAGAGAUGGAAGAUGCUGAUUCUAAAAAGCCCGCACCUGCGUCUGACUCCGACUCCGACUCCUCCGACAGCGACUCAGAGAGCGAAGAAGAAGCUGCUCCUGCCAAGAAGGUGAACGGUGCUGCUAAGGCAGCUGCUAAGGCCACUAAGGAAUCCGAUGAUGAGGAAGACUCUGACUCCGACUCCGACUCCGACUCUUCUAGCGCGGACGAGAAGGCUGCUGAGGCAUCCAAGGAUGACGAUAGCAGCGAGGGUAGCGACUCCGAGAGUGACUCCAGCAGUGACAGCGAUAGCGAGGAGAAAGCCGAAGAGCCGUCCAAGAAGCGCAAGGCCGACGCAGAGCCCGAAGCUCCCACCAAGAAGGCCAAGGUCGAGACCAACGGCGAGGGCGAAGGUGUUAAGAAUCUGUUUGUCGGUAACUUGAGCUGGAACGUUGAUGACGAGUGGCUGUACCGCGAGUUCGAGGAGUUCGGUGAGCUUACCGGCGCUCGUGUCGUGACUGACAGGGAGUCCGGCCGCUCCAAGGGUUUCGGAUAUGUUGAGUUUGCCAACGCUGCUGAUGCAGCUAAGGCUCUUGCCGCCAAGAAGGAGAGUGAGAUUGAUGGCCGUGUCCCCAACAUCGACUUUGCUACUCCCCGUGACAACGCCGCACCAAAGGAACGUGCCAACAACCGUGCGAAGCAGUUCGGUGACUCCAACAACCCACCUUCUGAUACUCUCUUUGUUGGCAACCUUGCCUUCGAGGCUGACGAGAACAUGGUUGGCGAGGCAUUUGGCGCCCAUGCUAGCGUCUUGAACAUUAGACUCCCAACUGACCAGGAGACUGGUAACCCCAAGGGCUUUGGUUACAUUACCUUUGCCUCCGUUGACGAUGCUAAGGCCGCAUACGAUGCCAUGCUUGGUGCUGAGAUUGGUGGCCGGACUGUCAGACUCGACUACGCUACACCCCGUGAUAACAGCGGUGGUGGACGCGGAGGCCGUGGCGGACGUGGAGGCUUUAAUGACCGUGGACGAGGAGGCCGUGGUGGACGUGGCGGAUUCAAUGACCGAGGACGUGGAGGUCGCGGAGGUGGUCGUGGUGGCCGUGGAGGCAGCACCAACCGUGGGGGCUUUGGAGAUUUCCAAGGCAAGAAGCAGACUUUCGAAUAA